UGGGAAAGGGAGAAAGUGUGUUCCAGUUCUGAUUCCGAAUGAUUUGGUAGGGCCAAUUGAACUGCUAAUAUCACACAGGCAGAAGUUUGGGAUUGCAGAGACUAAUAAUUUUUUGUUUGCAACAAAAAGUUCAAGUUCACAUUGCUCUGGAUGGCAUGCAGUAUUCACUGUGUGUGAAGCAGUUGGCAUAUCCUCAGUCACAGCAACAAAAAAUAGGCACAGAGUGUCAACAGUUUAUGCUACCCUAGAUAUGUCGGAAAAUGACAGAAAAAUAUUUUAUGACCAUCUAGGUCAUAAUGAGGCAAUAAAUAAGGACAACUAUCAGUGUCCUCCAGGAGUGACCGAGGUCUUGCAUAUGGGGAAGUUUUUGAGCUCGCUAGAAGAUGGCUUACCAGUAGCGGCACCAGAAAGCCAUGAGAAGAAGACAAAGACAAAAGAUACUAGAACACAAAGUGCAGAAAUUGUUAGUGAAGGAAAGAAGCAAAGAAAAGACUCAUUUCGCUGGACAGAAGCGAACACGAAAGCUGUAAUAACAGAUUUUAAGGAGUGGGUAAACACCGAAAAGGGAAACAGUCUACCAAGUAAAACAUGUCUGGAGGAGUACUUAAGCAGAUCGACAUCCCUUGCUUGCACAGUUCUGCAACUCAGAACAAAAAUUAUGAAUGAGCAGAACAAAAGAAAAAAGAAUCAUUCCAAUCGAUUAAAAAAACUUUCUUUUUAGAUUUUUUAUAACAAAACUUUCAAUCAAAUACCUUUGUUUACUCCUUUUUAGCUAACCUGAGCUGAAGCUCAUGUGAGCUUUUCAGAUCACUUUUUGUAUGACGUCUGUCAACUUUCACAUUUUCAACUUCUUCUCUAGAACCACUGGGCUAAUUUCAA